GAAGCAGAGUUUGAGAGACAAGAUCUUCCACGAGAACUGUGGUAUUCGGUUAUGGCUAAACUGCAUGUGUCCCGAUUGCCUAUCAGACCUGCAGUUCAACUUCAGCUGCUCAAACUCCAAGCACUCUGGCGUCGAGAUCUGCGUCAGCGCUCUCGCCCGAUCGAGGCGUUUCUCCAAUUAUACUGCCACUAUCGCACAGAAUUAACCCGACUAGCAGAGCAGCAGUACAGUUCCGCGGACGGGUCCACCGAGGAGCAUGUCCAAUUGUGUCGUACUGUGCUCGAGGAGGGAUUGCGUUGGUUUCGCUUGGCUCAUGUGGAUAAGGUAACCUAG